AUGUUGUGGAAGGCGGGGCCAUCGGCCAGGACGGAGCCCAACAAUCAGCCACCGCCAGCGCCGGCCAAGGCGAUCAGCCAGGAGAGGGCCCAGGGGGCGCAGGCCUGCCUCACCAGACGUCGCGCCCAUGAAGUGACGAUCAUCUACCAGUACUUCGAGAUGAUCUACAAGGACCAGCGCAGAUAUCGCCAUCUACGUUGCAGCGUGAUGUUGACGGCGAUUGUCAGGAUGGUCAGUUUGGCGCACCUCGUCAUGAUCACCUUAAUUGUACACUGGUUUUCGGUCCUCUCCUUCGUCGACUUCUUCCUGCUCAAGAAGGCAGGGCACGCCCCCUGCGCGCCCAGCGCAGACAUCCCCGCAGGGGACGAGACCGAGGCCCGAGCCGUGAUUAUCUUCCGCCCCCUCGUCGAGACCAAGGCCUUCUCCAACAAGUCGCCCAGCUGCGUGAUCCGCAGGUCCUUGCUCUUGCGCCCCUUGUCGCGCGAGCGGUUGCUACCUACGCUGCUGUUCUCCCAGUCGGACUCCUCCGCGGCUGCCGGCGGCCGCAUCCGCGGCACUUCGAUGGAGGGGCUGUGGCAGCUGCUGGCCGCAGGGGACUUCGAGGCGCUGGCGCCCGCGUGCGAGGAGGCGGAGCUGGCGGUCCCGGCGGAGGUGGCGGAGCCGACCGCGGAGCAGACGGAGCAGCUGGGCCUGCGCUACGCCGCGCAGAUGCUGGCGUACUUGCUCAGGGGGGACCUGAUCGCUGGACGCUUCCUCUGGAAGAGGACGCCGCCGGCGGUGCAGCAGCAGCCGCAGCCCGCCGCCGCCCACGAGGCGCUGGCGGCGCGCUGGGCCCGGCGGCACGCGGACUACUUCCGGCGCCUCGAGGCCGGGCCGUGGGACGCCCGCCUGCAGCCGCUCGUUGCCGAGGCGGCCAAGCGCGGCCGGGCCGAGCUCCUCGACAAGAUCGGGGAGGCCUACAAGGUGAUCGGGAUGGAUCGCGUCGCGGGUCUGCUUGGCCUCGACGUUCCGGCCGCGUUGGCGGCGUGCGCGAGCCGCGGCUGGGCCGCGGACGCCGAGGGCAGGGCGCUGCCGGCGCCGCGGAAGCGGAGCCCAGAGGAGCUGAUGCAGAUGGGGGACGCGCAGCUCCACCAGCUGGCGCAGUACGUCGCUUACCUCGAGCAGCCGCAGAGCUUGCCCGGCUGA